GUUUGUCAACCGCCAUUGAAAUGUGUCAGAAGAAGACAACGAGGAACGGUUGUUUACUAUUUGUUUACUAUUUUGUUUCGUUGUUUAUGACAUGUUUCCUGUCUCUGUGUUGGGAUUUACUGAGUUUGACUGAAGCCGUUUUGAAAGAUCAUGUGAUUCUCACACAAAUCUGGAAAUACAUAAUGGUUCAUAUAGAAGAUCCAUACCUGAUGCUUAGCAGAAAGCCUCUUCCCACUACCACAACAAGCCCCACCCCCUGACAUGAGCCACGCCUACAUUGAUGAGAAUCUCCGAGAUUAGCAUCAGAAAUCUGACAAACUAUGAUGAAUAUGGCGUUUAUUAAACAGGAGAUUGAUGACCUGAGUGAUCCAGAACCAUCCAGAAUGAAUCAUGAAGAUGCUGAGAAGCAAACAGACUGGAUGGAAGUGAUAGAGCAAAGCCACAAACUGAACCAAGCAGAAGACGCGGAAGAAGGCAUCAAAGCGCACGCAACAGACGAGGAAAAGCUGCAGGUCUGCUCGCAGUGCGGAAAGAGUUUCAACCAAAGGAGCAACCUGAACAUACACAUGCGGAUACACACCGGGGAGAAGCCGCACUCCUGCCGUCACUGCGGGAAGAGCUUCACCUUCGCAUCCGGUCUGAGUUAUCAUCUGCUCAUUCACUCCGGGGAAAAGCCGUUUCACUGCGAGCAGUGUCCCAGAAAGUUCAUUUCAGCCUCGCAUCUCAAAAAACACAUGCUCGUCCAUACUAAUGAGAAGCCGUACGCAUGCUCUGUGUGCGGAAAGAGUUUUUCCUGCUUGUGUUAUUACAAACAGCAUCAGAAAACCCAUGAUGAAGUGAGAGACCACGUGUGCUGUGAUUGUGGGAAGAGCUUCAAAACGGCUCUCCAGCUGAAAAGGCACCAGAUUGUUCACACUGGCGAAAGACCCUACAAGUGCUCGUACUGUGAGAAGAGAUUCAAUCAGUCUGGACACCUUAAAGUGCACGAGCGAAUUCACACUGGGGAGAGGCCGUAUCACUGCACUCAGUGUGGAAAGACUUUUAAAUGCACCAACACGUUCAGUAAUCACCUGCGGGUUCACUCUGAGGAAAGGGCGUAUCAAUGCGAUCAGUGCGGGAAAGACUUUACCACAUCGUCAAAUCUGAAACAGCAUCUGAAGGUUCAUUUAGACGAGAAGCCGCACUUGUGCUCCGUCUGUGGGAAGGGAUUUUCAAGGCUGGCCAAUUGUAGAAAGCACCAGAAAAUACAUAAUGAUGUGAGAGUUCGAGUGUGUUGAGAUUUUUUUAGGGCUUUAACCAGUUAAACUCAGUUAAACUUUGCCUACCCAAAUUUAAAAGCUUCCCAAAUCCACAUGCAGAGGUGUCAAUGCAAAAAUUUGGUAUCAUUUUAAAGAAAACCCUUUGCAUUUUCAUAAAACACUAUUGAAAGUGUUUAAAAUAA